CAGAGAGCUGCCAGUGAUGCAAAGCGCUCGGCAAGCCCAUGCUUCAAAAUUCUCUCCUCCUGCAUCUCUCGCUACAACAGCUGACCGACCGUCUGGAGCCGGAUCCGCUCGGGAAUACUCUCACAUUUAAAUUCUAAAUAACUGCAUGGACAAAUUAGCAGAAACGUUAUAGUGACAUAUAUGUGUUUUUUGUGGUCUAUUUGAAGUAAGCAAACUCUCCAACAUUUACAUAACCUAACUUACAUUUUUAUUUUGAUCGAAACGGAUCUUAUUUCAAGCACAAAACCUUGAAAUUAUCAUUCUUGCAAACGCUCAACUUGCCCAUCUAAAAAAAAGAGUGUCUGCAUUGAUAUGCAUAUGAUAAAUAAGAUUAAAUAGUGUAAGGGAACAAGUAACUUAUAGGUUUUCCCCAAAAAAUCCCCUUUGCCUUUUUUGAGGCACAUCCGAUUUCUUUCUCACAAUGGCCGAUGUUAGCGCAGAAUGCAACAUAAAGGUGCUAUGCCGCUUCCGUCCUCUAAAUCAGUCCGAAAUAAUCCGUGGAGACAAAUUCAUCCCGUCAUUCCAAACUGAUGACACCGUCAGCAUAGCGGGGAAGUCCUAUGUGUUUGACCGGGUGUUCCCCACCAACACUACACAGGAACAGGUGUACAACACCUGCGCCAAGCAGAUAGUCAAAGAUGUUCUGGGGGGAUACAAUGGCACCAUAUUCGCCUACGGACAGACCUCCUCUGGAAAAACUCACACUAUGGAGGGCAAGCUUCAUGACCCACAUGGGAUGGGGAUCAUCCCCAGAAUUGCAGAGGACAUCUUCAAUCACAUAUUCGCCAUGGAUGAAAACCUGGAGUUCCACAUUAAGGUGUCCUAUUUUGAAAUUUACAUGGACAAAAUACGGGACCUUCUGGAUGUGACUAAGACUAACCUGGCAGUACAUGAGGACAAGAACAGGGUUCCCUAUGUGAAGGGCUGCACUGAGCGCUUUGUCUCCCGCCCAGAGGAGGUGAUGGAUGUUAUUGACGAGGGAAAAGCCAACCGUCAUGUAGCUGUCACCAAUAUGAAUGAACACAGCUCCAGGAGUCACAGUAUCUUCCUGAUCAACAUUAAACAGGAACACGUGGAGACAGAGCAGAAACUGUGUGGGAAGCUCUACCUAGUGGAUCUAGCUGGGAGUGAGAAGGUCAGUAAGACAGGAGCAGAGGGAGCUAAGACCCAUGUCCCGUACCGUGACAGUAAGAUGACCCGUAUCCUGCAGGACUCUCUAGGGGGAAACUGUAGGACCACCAUGUUCAUCUGUUGCUCUCCGUCCAGCUACAACGACCAGGAGACCAAGUCCACACUCAUGUUCGGACAACGAGCUAAGACCAUCAGGAACAAGGCCUCAGUGAACCUGGAGCUGACAGCAGAACAGUGGAAGAAGAAGUACGGGAAGGAGAAGGAGAAGAACAGGUUGAUGAAGGAGACGGUCCAGAGACUGGAGGCUGAGCUGAACCAAUGGAGGAACGGGGAGGCCGCCCACGGAACAGGUGAAGAUGUUCCUGAGCUGGAUCUGUUGAGUCCCGGGGCUGUGCCGGUCGAGUGUCUGAUACCCAGAGAAGAUAGCCUGGGUCGACUUCCCAGAGAAUAUAGUUCCUCUUCCAGUCUGAGUCGACUUCCCAGUGAAGACAGUUCCUCUUCCAUAGUGAUCAGGAUUUCAGAGGAGGAGAGACAGAAGUACGAGGAGGAAAUACGCAAACUCUACAAACAGCUGGAUGACAAGGACGAUGAGAUCAACCAGCAGAGUCAGCUGGUAGAGAAGCUUAAGGAACAGAUGCUGGACCAGGAAGAGCUCCUUGCCUUGUCCCGUGGGGACAGUGAGAAGGUGUCUGGGGACCUUGGCAGGCUGCAGAUGGAGAGUGAGGUUGCCAAGGCGGAGGUCAGGGAGGUUCUGCAGGCCUUGGAGGAGCUGGCUGUUAACUACGAUCAGAAGAGCCAGGAGGUAGAGGACAAGAGUCUGCAGAACAAACUACUAGCUGAGGAACUGGCCAAGAAAAUGGCCCACCUGAUGCGUAUUGAGGCGGAGUUGUGUCGUCUACAGGAAGUGAGUGGUCAUCAGAGGAAACGCAUCGCUGAGGUUCUCAACGGCCUGAUGAGGGAUCUUUCUGAGUUCAGCGCCAUCGUGGGCAACAAGGACAUCAAACUGCCGAUGGAGAUAACGGGGGCUAUCGAGGAGGAGUUUACAGUAGCUCGUCUCUACAUCAGUAAGAUUAAGUCAGAGGUCAAGUCCAUGGUGAAACGCUGUAGGCAGCUAGAGAACCUACAGAUGGAGUGUCAUAGGAAGAUGAAGGAGACUGGAAGAGAGCUGUCCUCUUGCCAACUACUCAUCUCACAGCACGAGGCGAAGAUCUGCUCCCUGACAGAGUACAUUCAGAAGGUGGAGCAGAAGAAGAGACAGCUGGAGGAGACUGUUGACUCUCUGAAUGAAGAACUGGACAAACUGCAGGCCCAAGAGAGCAUGUCAGCAGGGACAAAGGGAGAGAAUCAGACAGACGUUGAGGAGUCUGCUGAUGUCAAGAGGGCUCCAGAGCAACAGAUGGAGGCUCACCGUGAGACGCACCACAAGCAGCUGGGUCGUCUCCGAGACGACAUCAACGAGAAACAGAAGAUCAUUGACGACCUCACUGAUCGUAACUAUCGUCUUCAUCUGGAGUUGGAGCAUCUGAGGAGCGACUUUGACCGUCUCAUGAGACAGGAGCACCAGAAGAGCCUGCAACUGGAGGAACUGACAUUUCUUCAUGAACGCCACGAGCAGUCUAAGCAGGACCUUAAAGGGCUGGAGGAGACUGUCGCUCGUGAACUCCAGACUCUCCACAACCUGCGGAAGCUUUUUGUUCAAGACCUCACGAUUCGAGUCAAAAGACAUUCAGAGAUGGAGCGAGAUGAUGGCGGGGGAUAUAGCCACCAGAAACAGAAGAUUUCCUUCCUUGAGAACAACCUGGACCAGCUCACAAAGGUUCACAAACAGUUGGUACGUGACAACGCAGACCUGCGUUGUGAGCUUCCUAAGCUUGAGAAGCGUCUUCGGUCUACGGCUGAGAGAGUGCGGGCAUUGGAGGGUGCACUGAAGGAGGCUAAGGAGGGGGCUAUGAAGGACCGGAGACGCUAUCAACAGGAAGUAGAGAGGAUCAAAGAUGCUAUGAGGGUCAAGAACCCCCUACGCAGGCCGCACGCAGCUCAGAUAGCCAAGCCGGUCCGUCCGGGCCAGUUCCCGCUCUGCUCUCCCACCAACCCCUGGGUCCGUAUUACUGAACAGCAACACGCCAUCCAUUUUAGUAACGCCAUGUUCCAGAUGCCCAGUUUGACCCCCAGCCAGAUAGCCAGUCAUCAUGCUGUAUCCCCAGCAACAGCCCCUCACUUCAAACCCUCCAAGAGCAAGGACCAGUCCAACAAUCACAACUCCACUGAGUCCAACAUGGCCCAGACCAACAAGUCCAACAUGCCCCAGACCAACAAGCUGCCAGCUGAGCCAGUCAACAGCCCCACAGAGGACAACAGCCCCAAAGAGGACAACAGCCCCACAGUGGACAACAGCCCCACAGAUGACAACAGCCCCACAGUGGACAACAGCCCCACAGUGGACAACAGCCUCACAGUGGACAACAGCCCCACAGAUGACAACAGCCCCACAGUGGACAAUAGCCCCACAGUGGACAACAGCCCCACAGUGGACAAUAGCCCCACAGUGGACAACAGCCCCACAGUGGACAACAGCCCCACAGAGGACAACAGCCCCACAGUGGACAAUAGCCCCACAGUGGACAACAGCCCCACAGUGGACAGCAGCCCCACAGAUGACAACAGCCCCACAGUGGACAAUAGCCCCACAGUGGACAACAGCCCCACAGUGGACAAUAGCCCCACAGUGGACAACAGCCCCACAGAGGACAACAGCCCCACAGAGGACAACAGCCCCACAGAGGACAAUAGCCCCACAGUGGACAACAGCCCCACAGUGGACAACAGCCCCACAGUGGACAACAGCCCCACAGUGGACAAUAGCCCCACAGAGGACAAUAGCCCCACAGUGGACAACAGCCCCACAGUGGACAACAGCCCCACAGUGGACAACAGCCCCACAGUGGACAAUAGCCCCACAGAGGACAAUAGCCCCACAGAGGACAAUAGCCCCACAGAGGACAAUACUAUAGUGAAGAACCCUACAGUGCAGAACACAACAGAGAAUGACACUAUAGAGAAGGACACUACAUUGAAGAGCACUACAUUGAAGAACACUACAUUGAAGAACACUACAUUGAAGGACACUACAUUGAAACACACUACAUUGAAGAACACUACAUUGAAGGACACUACAUUGAAGAACACUACAUUGAAGGACACUAAAUUGAAGAACACUACAUUGAAGGACACUACAUUGAAGGACACUACAUUGAAGAACACUACAUUGAAGGACACUACAUUGAAGAACACUACAUUGAAGGACACUACAUUGAAGAACACUACAUUGAAGGACACUACAUUGAAGAACACUACAUUGAAGGACACUACAUUGAAGGACACUACAUUGAAGAACACUACAUUGAAGGACACUACAUGGAAGAACACUACAUUGAAGGACACUACAUUGAAGGACACUACAUUGAAGGACACUACAUUGAAGAACACUACAUUGAAGAACACUACAUUGAAGAACACUACAUUGAAGGACACUACAUUGAAGAACACUACAUUGAAGAACACUACAUUGAAGGACACUACAUUGAAGAGCACUACAUUGAAGAACACUACAUUGAAGGACACUACAUUGAAGAACACUACAUUGAAGGACACUACAUUGAAGGACACUACAUUGAAGGACACUACAUUGAAGGACACUACAUUGAAGGACACUACAUUGAAGAACACUACAUUGAAGAACACUACUGCCAACUCUACAGAGACGCUGGAUGUGGACAUCGUCAACGGGAACACCACAGAUAUCAAUGACAACAGCUUGUCUCUGAGUGUCCACUCUGCUGCUGUGUCCAGGAGUGAUGUGCAGCACUGCGACAACCAGAACCAGCACAGUCCAGCCAAGCUGCACCACGUCAUCCAGCCAGAACAGGCUCCCAGCUAGUGACCCGGCUCCUCACGUGUCCGGUUCUGCCAAGACCGCCCUCAUAAAUCUGCAUGCUGCUGAUCAGUGACCUUCUGAUCUCCCCCCCCCUCUCUUCCUCCCUCUCCUCCCCCCUUUCCCAGUAAGACGGUCUCUCUCGCUCUCCUCCCCCCUUUCCCAGUAAGACGGUCUCUCUCCCUCUCCUCCCCCCUUUCCCAGUAAGACCGUCUCUCUCCCUCUCCUCCCCCCUUUCCCAGUAAGACCGUCUCUCUCCCUCUUCUCCCCCCUUUCCCAGUAAGACGGUCUCUCUCCCUCUCCUCCCCCCUUUCCCAGUAAGACUGUCUCUCUCCCUCUUCCUCUAUCCGUAGAACUCUCUGUAGCCUCCUCUCCCUCUCUCCUCCUUUCCCCCCUCUCCCCCAUUCUGCUUGCUGACUGUCCGUGUACUCUCUUGAACCGUUUGUUUAAUCAUUUGUUGGUGAUAUGAAUAUAACGUACUGUACUAAAUAGGCUAUGUAUGGGAGUGUAGGACCAGUGGUUUAGAAAGCACUGUAAAUUAACCACUAGAAUUGGCAGCUUCCUCUUCCUCAGAGCCCUGACCCUUUUGGGAUGAACUGUGGUCAAGGCUGUUGGAGCGAGAGAGGGUGUGGUGUUCUGUGUGGCCACUAGGGCGCACUCUUGCUGCUCCUCGCCAUUCACGGAGGCUUUAGUGAGGGUAAAUGAGAUUAUCUUUUUAGGCUAUUUUGGGUUAAAUCUGUUGGAAAACAGACAAUAACCUGACCUAACAACCACCUUGCAAUUGAAGAUUGAUAGAAGUAAACGCACACGGCAUAGCCUUAAUACAUUUCUAAUAAACCUGCUCAUACUUUACAUUUUUCACUCUAUACAAUUCAUGUACAGUACCAGUCAAAAGUCUUAGAACAUCUACUCAUUCAAGGGUUUUUCUUUAUUUUUACUAUUUUCUACAUUGUAGAAUAAUAGUGAAGACAUCAAAACAUAACAAAUAUUAUUAUUAUUUAUAUAUUUUUUUACCUUUAAUUUAACUAGGCAAGUCAAUUAAGAACAAUUUCUUAUUGACAGUGACGGCCUAUGACUCUUACCAUAUGACUGGUGUCAUACUUCUAGUGGUUGUGUAGUAGUCCUAGUCGCUAUCUGAGCUGGUUAACAUAUCAGACCGCUGUUUCUUUCACCUCCUUAAUAAGCGUUAGGAUCAAUUCCAUUUCAAUUCAAAGUUGAAAGUUCCUGUUUACUUCCUGAAUUGACACUGAAAGGAAAUGAAAUUGAAUCGAACCCUGAUGUCCUCACUAUAAAGACAACAGGUGACUUCUUCUCUUGCUUCCAGUAUGUCCUGUCGUGUUGUCAGGCUCUGAGAUAUAUAUUUACAUAUCUGCUCAGGUCUAGAUUGAAUGGACAGAGUACUGUAGGUAGGGGGCAGAUCACGAUCCCUGUGCUGUUAGCAGUGGUUUAAACGCCAUGACUCAGAACCUCAGAUGAAGCGGACAGCAGCAUCAUGCUCAGUAAAUAGCUGAUAUACAGUCAGUAGAUGAGUUAGGGUCAUAGGUCAUCCUCAAACUUCCUACAGCAGGCUCUGUGUUGUACUUGUAUGUGUGUAUAUUACCUUGACUAUAGAAUAACAGCUGCUACAGUCAGACGCAAACAAGCAUGUCUGUUGUAUGCGAACGCUUCAACCGAGCACUUCAAGGAUAGCCUGGGUGCCAGGCUGUUUUCACUUCAAGGAUAGCCUGGGUGCCAGGCUGUUUUCACUUCAAGGCUAGCCUGGGUGCCAGGCUGUUUUCGGCUCUCUUGCCAACUCCUUAUGGAAUGGAUGACAAUGCCAAUGGAGUAGAUGGAUGCAAAAACUGUUCUGGGACCAGGCUACUUCACGGCUGACUUUCAGAGUAAUGUAUGCUUUUAAUGUGUGAUGACUUUAAUGCAGUAACUCAUGGUUUACAUCAAAUAGGUUAUCUGAUAUGAGAGCAAACUACUAGUGUCUGAGAACUAGGAAAAGUCUGGCAAAAAAAAUCAGGACUUUUAUUUUCAGUGCUUUUCUAUGCAUCGAUCUAUACAGAGAGAGAGAAAGGGAUAUUUUGGAGCUGUAACAUAUUGUACUACUGUAUCCAGACAUGGGCUCAAAUACUACUGGAAAUCUUAGCAGCAGUUUUGACGUGUGUGUAGCGUGAGUGAGUGAGUGAGUGAGUGAGUGAGUGAGUGAGUGAGUGAGUGAGUGAGUGAGUGAGUGAGAGAGAUACCGUCUGAUGGCUUGUAGAUAGAAACUGUCUCUGAGCCUGUUGGUAUCAGACAUCUUGCUCCGAUACAGUCUGAUGGCUUGUAGAUAGAAACUGUCUCUGAGCCUGUUGGUAUCAGACAUCAUGCUCCGAUACAGUCUGAUGGCUUGUAGAUAGAAACUGUCUCUGAGCCUGUUGGUAUCAGACAUCAUGCUCCGAUACAGUCUGAUGGCUUGUAGAUAGAAACUGUCUCUGAGCCUGUUGGUAUCAGACAUCAUGCUCUGAUACCGUCUGCCCGACAGUAAGGGAAUGAAUAGCUCAUGGCAGGAAGUGACCUCAUGCUGUGGUGUGUGGGGUCCUUGAUGAUGCUGCGGGACUUCUUCAGGCAAUGUAUCAAGUAGAUGUCCUGGAUAGAUGGCAGCACAAUCACAGUGAUGUACUGGGCCGGCUUCACCACCCGCUGGAGGGCCUUUCGGUCGUGGACGAAGCAAUUCCCGUAACCAGGCCGUAAUGCAACCGGUCAGGACACUCAAUGGUGCAACGGUAGUAUUUGGAGACGACCCCGGGUGGCACGUCAAAUUUCUACAGCCGCCUCAUGUCUUGACAAGAGUGGUGGUGUUGUUGGUCCAUGUCAAGUCCUCUGUGAUGUGGACGCUGAGGAACUAGUGGAUCAGCAGAGGGCUGAGGACACACCCCUGGGGGGCCCCUGUGUUAAGAGUCAGUGUGCAGGAGGUGUUGUUGCCAAUAGUCACAGUCUGUGGUCUGCCCGUCAGGAAGUCCAGGACCCAGUUUCAGAAGGUAGUGUCCAGACCCAGGGAUCUGAGCUUGGUGUCGAGCUUGGAGGGAACUAUAGUGUUGAAGGCUGCACUGUAGUCAAUGAACAGCAUUCUCACAAAGGUGUUCCUCUUGUCCAGAUGUGUUAGGGCCGUGUGAAUAGCGAUGGAAAUGGUCAUCUGUUGUGGUUCUGUUGGAGCGGUAGGUAAACUGGAGUGGGUCCAGUGUGACUGGCAUGACGACCUUGAUGCGAAUGAAAAUAAAUAUUUAAAAGAUUUCAAAUACUAUUUGAAACCAGGUCUGACUGUAUCUACAUGGGUUGGCAGGUUCUAUAUACCUCCAUCUCAAUAGGUCUGUUCUGUUGUGGUCUGUUCAGUGGUCAGUUACAUUCACUAACACAGAAUGGAAAAUAUUAUUGGGGGAAAAUACUACAUUUUAGUAAUUAUGUAGCAACUAUUUUUAUACAGUCUAAUUCCGUUUUGAAAGAUUAUUUAUGCUAUGUAUUAUUUCGUGUAUUUAAAUAUAUGUAUUAUUUAAUGCAAGUUGUGUUUUUGUUGUAAAUAUUCUAUAUAAUGUUAUAUAUAUGUUUACCCUGAUUUGCACAUGGAUAAUGUAUUUGUUAUGUACUAUUUAUCAGCUAAUUGUUUGUAUUACUGUUGAAUACUUCUGGAUAUAUCAGAAGACACUUUAGUUGCAGACUGGUAGUGAGAAACAGAGAAACAGAAUGAGAUACAUGGCAUGUGUAAACCUGCCAUUCUUAAAACACAAGAGGUACAGGUAUCGGAGACUAUCCAUCUGAACUUUCCCCAAAGCCACCUCCUGAUCACACACAGACACACAGAAGUGCUGCCUCCCAGUGAGAUCCCUUCUGAUCAGCCAGUCAAGACUAGAGGGCCAGGGAAGGCUUCAUGUGUGCGUGUGUAUGUUAGGGUUGUAACCACCAGGGUCGUAACCACCAGGGUCGUACCUACCAGGGUCGUACCUACGAGGGUCGUAACCACCAGGGUCGUAACUACCAGGGUCGUACCUACCAGGGUCGUGCCUACCAGGGUCGUACCUACCAGGGACGUAACCACCAGGGUCGUAACUACCAGGGUCGUAACCACCAGGGUCGUAACCACCAGGGUCGUAACCACCAGGGUCGUAACUACCAGGGUCGUAACCACCAGGGUCGCAACCACCAGGGUCGUAACCACCAGGGCCGUAACCACCAGGGCCGUAACUGCCCGGGUCGUACCUACCAGGGUCGUAACCACCAGGGUCGUAACCACCAGGGUCUUAACCACCAGGGUCUUAACCACCAGGGUCGUAACCACCAGGGUCGUAACCACCAGGGUCGUAACUACCAGGGUCGUACCUACCAGGGUCGUAACCACCAGGGUCUUAACCACCAGGGUCGUAACCACCAGGGUCGUAACCACCAGGGUCGUAACCACCAGGGUCGUAACCACCAGGGCCGUAACCACCAGGGCCGUAACCACCAGGGUCGUAACCACCAGGGCCGUAACCACCAGGGUCGUGACCACCAGGUCCAUUCUCUCUUGCUCUGUGACUCCUCUGAACCCUGUAUACAAAACCAACACCCCACUGCCAUGAGGCUCAACAACAAAGCAUUGUGGGCUUUAUCUUGUGUAAACAAUAUUUUUGUUUGCUCUCCUCUACUAUUUAAAACCAACAGCAUAUAGAUAGCAGUAGCGGUGUGUGGGUAAAAUCACUGGACAAGCUGAGCCAGUAAAAAAUCCAUGUUAAAACCUAUAUUGUGAUAAUUUCUCUAUAACUCAUUAGCUCAUAUGCCACCAUGAUAUACAAUAAGACCGCGACAACAAAAAGACAACAGUUUCACAGUGGCGGAAUAAAUUCAACUAAACAUACAGUACCAUUCAAAAGUUUGGACACACCUACUCAUUCAAGGGUUUUUAUUUAUUUAUUUUUUACAUUGUAGAAUAAUAGUGACCACAUCAAAACUAUGAAAUAACACAUGAAAUAAUGUAGUAACCAAAAAGUGUUAAAAACUCAAACAACUUCACCUGGAAGGCUUUUCCAAAAGUCUUGAAGGAGUUCCCACAUAUGCUGAGCACUUAUUUUCCUUCACUCUGUGGUCCAACUCAUCCCAAACCAUCUCAAUUGGGUUGAGGUCGGGUGAUUAUGGAGGCCAGGUCAUCUGAUGCAGCACUCCAUCACUCUCCUUCUUGGUCAAAUAGCAAUUACACAGCCUGGAGGGGUGUUGGGUCAUUGUCCUGUUGAAAAACAAAUGAUAGUCUCAUUAAGCGCAAACCAGAUGGGAUAGUGUAUCGCUGCAGAAUGCUGUGGUAGCCAUGCUGGUUAACUGUGCCUUGAAUUCUAAAUAAAUAACUGACAGUGUCACCAGCAAAGCACCCCCACACCAUCACAGCUCCUCCUUCAUGCUUCACGGUGGGAAAUACACAUGCAGAGAUCAUUCGUUCACCAACACCGCGUCUCACAAAGACAUAGAGGUUGGAACCAAAAACCUCAAAUUUGGACACAUCAGACCAAAGGACAGAUUUUCACCGGUCUAAUGUCCAUUGCUCGUGUUUCUUGGCCCAAGCAAGUCUCCGCUUAUUAUUGUUGUCCUUUACUAGUGGUUUCUUUGCAGCAAUUUGACUAUGAAGGCCUGAUUCACGAGGUCUCAGAACAGUUGAUGUUGAGAUUUGUGAAGCAUUUAUUUGAGCUGCAAUCGGAGGAGCAGUUAACUCUAAUGAACGUAUCCUCUGGAGCAGAGGUAACUCUGGGUCUUCCUUUACGGUGGUGGUCCUCAUGAGAGCCGGUUUCAUCAUAUCCUCUGCAGCAGAGGUAACUCUGGGUCUUCCUUUCCUGUGGCGGUCCUCAUGAGAGCCGGUUUCAUCAUAUCCUCUGCAGCAGAGGUAACUCUGGGUCUUCCUUUCCUGUGGCGGUCCUCAUGAGAGCCAGUUUCAUCAUAGCGCUUCAUGUUUUUUGCGACUGCACUUGAAGAAACUUUAAAAGUUCUUGAAAUGUUCCGCAUUGACUGACCUUCAUGUCUUAAAGCAAUGACGGACUGUCAUUUCUCUUUGCUUAUUUGAGCUGUUCUUGCCAUAAUAUGGACUCGGUCUUUUACCAAAUAGGGCUAUCUUCUGUAUACCCCCCUACCUUCUAAUACAACUGAUUGCCUCAAAUGCAUUAAGAUGGAAAGAAAUUCCACUAUUUAACUUUUAACAAGGCACAUGUGUUAAUUUAAAUGCAUUCCAAGUGACUAACUCGUGAAGCUGGUUGAGAGAAUGCCACGAGUUUGCAAAGCUGCCAUCAAGGCAAAGGGUGGUUACUUUGAGAAUCUAAAAUAUAUUAUAUAUUUUGAUUUGUUUAACACUUUUCUGGUUACCACAUGUGUUAUUUCAUCAUUUUGAUGUCUUCAGUAUUAUAAUACAAUGUAGAAAAUUGUAAAAAAUAAAGAAAAACCUCUGAAUAAGUAGCUGUGUCCAAACUUUUGACUGGUACUGUACGCUUGUUUCAUCACAAAACCCGGAGAGCAACAUCUGUCCGGUGAAGUCCACAAAGCAAAUAUUGCAUGUUAACAGUUACAUGACCUGGAACAUGGUCCAACAAGUUAAUGUUUUCGACAGUUUUACUAAACAACUACUGAUUUAGAGCCACUGAGUUAGCGCAGGUCAGCACAAAGACAACGAGAGUAUUGACGCCGCUCUUACAGAACCAUUUCAACUUAAACGUUCACAUCAAAUCAACAAAGCUAUAUAUGCUUAGUUGAACUCCAAUGCCAUCCUCCUCUCUUACAUGUUGGCAAAACAGUCAAUGGCCCUGUCAUACAGUACUCUUUAAGUUGUUAUUGUCAUAGGCUACCUAGCUAGAAUGCUGGCUAGACUAACUUCCUCGCAAGGGCAACAAUGAGCCAGCUUAGUUAGCUAGUUAGUUAAUGUGAGCAUUCUAGGCUACAUCUUGAACUUCAAUUGUCUCAGGCCAGGGGUACAAUAUAUUAAUUCAUGGUUAGAUCGGAAUCGCCAUCAUAAUCAUUGGCCUGUAGAGAGAAUUAAGUCAAAACCACAAGUCCAAAUCCCCAUCUCCAUCCAUGGUUUAGGAAAGGGCCGAUUUAGCAAGCUAGCUACUGCAGGACAUCAACACAAGUAGGCCAGAAACGAAAAUGACUUUUUUCUUAGGAUGUGAUUUGAUUGGUGUGAAGCCAAAUCCAAAGUGACUUCCUUUGGGGGGAGGGGGGGGGGGGGUUGCUGCACCAGAACAUCCCACAGUUGAGCUCAGCUUUACGCUGAUUGGCUAAUUAUUUUAUUUAAAAAAAAAUAUCAAGGAAGGCCAUAUGCUUGCUGGCAUCAAUCAGUCAAAUGCUACGGCGGAAACACUUCAUACUCUUUUGUUCCAGACAGUGUCAGAUACAUGGACUACACAGAGGGACGCUGUUCCUCUCGCUUAGAUGAUUUCUCCGGUGAGAUUCAGCCACUUGCGAAUUGACGAAAAAUUAUGAAAACACAGAGAGAGACGAAAUAUACAUUUUAAAUGUUUUUAUUGGUCAAAUAUUUGGGGAGCCUGGCUUCCUUUGGUAUCCAUGACUACACAUCACUGAUCGAUAGUGGCUGGGAUCUCUGCACUAUAGGUCUAGACAUGUGGAACGUGGGAUGAUGAUGAUGAUGAUGAUGAUGACGAUGAUGUUGAGGAUGAUGAAGAUGAUGUUGAGAAAGAAACUGAGUGUGAGUCUGUCUGUUGUCUGAUUUGUAACCAAACAGAAGAUGUUCUAGUCCUAUCCCUGAUGCAUUAUGGGGACUGUAGUACAUCGUGGUAUUAUUCUAAAAUACAUUGUACAGUAGUAAAUAACCUAAAGAAAAAAGACAACAACGUAUCAAUAUUGUUAGUUUGUUUGUAGUGUGCUGGAUAGUGCAUGCAGUACAUGACUGUAGCUGCUGAGAAACAACAAACAUGUUAUUAUAAUGAAAGUCUUAGAAUAAAGAUGAUCUGUAUCACGACA